UCCUGCAUCGACGGGAGCCGUCAGUACGAAACGACACCUCUGACAGAGGAACUCGGUUCUCGGUCUCUUCAUCCGAGCUACAACAUGCAUCUCUUGCUACACUUUGUCUAGCUUUACGCGUGAGAUAAUAUCGAAGAAAGUAUCAGGUGAUAAAAGUCCCUUGUGUGCAGAUAUUCCGUAUCCCUGCAUAUUUGCAAUUGCAAUAUUGAUAAACAUUGUUUUGCUCAUCGAUCGGAAUCAAUCGCUGGUGAAUCAAUCAGCUGGUGAAUUAACCGGCGAUAAAUUAGUUUAUAAACCGAGCGCACCUACACACAAACAUUAUUCAUUUGAGAUAAUUGUGUAAUUAAAGUGCGGUUAAUUGAAAUGAAUCUCAUAUCACCAAGAUGUGAUAAUAAUUUGCUUUGCAAAUUCACGAAUGGGAGACAAUUUUGUGAUUGAUGUGAAAGUUGAUUUUGGCUACCGUGUUCGGUUUUAGUGUGUGCUCGUUCUCUGUCAACAGUCGCACGUACAAUUUGAACUCGGCGCAACAGGUUAGUCAAGUGGUUGCAUCGUUUAGAACUUGAUUUCAACAUUUUUUAAAUUAAAUUGAAGUCACAAGGAAGAGUCCAUAAAAGAACAAUUUUUCGGCGAUUUACAAAUUUUUGUCGCUGAUCGAAGAUAGACUUAAUCGACAGAGAAAUUAAUUGACAUCGUAACGCGCAAGUGAAAAAUGACAUAAAGAUCAGACGGACGCAGUGCGAGGCGGAGAGUGUGCGACAUCCACCGGAAGCUGCAGCGGAGAUGCGUCAACAGUAAGACCGACAGAAAGAGAAAGAGAGUGAGCGAAAAUCCCCUCAAGAUGCAUCUACUCAUCUUUCCCUUUUUGCUGCUAUCUUUAACGGCUGGCGUGAGAUUUGGCAGCGGUCAUCUGAUAGACGGAAUUUUCACGGAACCGACUUUGGAACCGGGCUACAAUUUGGUUGCGGUUGUUCCGCGUGGCGCCUUGGCAUUGAACGUGACCGAACUCCGUCACACGCAGAACUAUCUUGCGAUUAGAUUGCAUGAUGGCAGUUACCUGUUGAAUGGAAAUUAUACUAUUAACUGGUCCGGUGAGUACAAGGCGGCCGGAACAACGUUUAUCUAUCUACGUCAGGGUUCUCAGAAUUUAGAGAGUUUUUCUGCCGCCGGACCAUUACAGGAACCUAUAGAUGUCAUGGUUUUAUAUCAAGAACCAAACCCUGGAAUUGUUUAUCGAUACGUCAUUUCUGGAAAUACGAAUCUACCGAGAAGUCAUCUUGCUCAUAACACAGUUUCAAAUAAAGGCAUUGAGUCUGGUUUGAAAACUAGAAGAGUCGAGACUGGACCUGGAUUGAGCAAUGUAACAACUCCAUAUUUACCUCGGCGUUACAAAAGAAGAAAAUUUUCUUGGAAGGCGAUUGGUUAUAGCGAUUGCAGUAAAUUAUGCGGCGGAGGUGUUCAGACACUUAGACACGUGUGUAUUAAAGAACACACGCAGCAGCAGGUGCCGGAGAAGAGAUGUCAUGCGUUAGAAAAGCCGCGGGAAGUUCGUCUGAGAUGCAAUACUAGGCCAUGUCCGCCCAGAUGGCGCGGCGGACCAUGGAGUGACUGUUCUACUUCCUGUGGUUCCGGAGUUCGCACUCGGGAACUCGAGUGCGUUCAGGAGGUGAAACCUUCCUUAACGAUGCGAAUCGCUGAUGGUGCUUGCACAAAAUCGAGAGAUUUGCUGACAAGUGAAGUGUGCGAAAUGCCAGCGUGUGAAGAAAUCAAGCAGACGUCGACGCAGACGUCCUCUCAAACAUCGUCACCACGAUGGACUGUCGGCGAUUGGUCCCAGUGCUCCACGUCUUGCAGCAUAGGGAAAAGAACGAGAGUCGUAACUUGCAUUACUCAUGAUACUCCGUGUGAUCUUUCGGAGAAGCCUGAAAUACAUGAAAUCUGCGACUUAGGACCGUGUUUAGCGAAAUCAACGCCAUUAAGUAUCGUUUCUGCGAAUAUUCAGAGCCCGCAAUGGUUAUUUACUGAAUGGUCUAACCAGUGCUCGGCGGAAUGUGGAAUAGGAAUUCAAACUAGAAGGGUUUUUUGCGAGGUAGGCGCUGAGAAAGAAUACUGUGAUGAAUCUAUCCGACCCGAAAUUUCCAGAGGUUGCGCAAGUAACAGAACUUGUAGCGGUCAAUGGUUCACAGGACCGUGGACGAAGUGUUCCUCAAGCUGUGACUUGGGUGAGCAAGUUAGAGAUGUGGUUUGUGUUACAAGUCUUCGAGGUUCUCUACGUGUCGUCUUAGACAUGAAUUGUCCUGCGAACAAGCCGGAAACUAGGAAACCUUGCAGAGAACAUCCUUGCGUAUCUACCUGGUUUAUAUCGGACUGGACGACGUGUUCGCGAUCCUGUGGUAAAGGUAUUCAAAAACGAGAAGUGCGAUGCUUAAAUCCGGACGGUCAAUUACCAGAACCUCAUCAAAUUCAUUGCCGAGAGGACGAUCGACCGAUAUCUCGAAGGACAUGCAACGAUUAUCCUUGCAAGGACGAUUUACGUAUGUCUGAAAAUUCUCACAGGGUUAUUCAGGACGAUCCUGAAAUCACAAAUGGUGUUGAGAACAAUCCACUUUGCAAGGAUAAAAUAGCUAACUGUAAUUUAGUCACGCAAGCUCGGCUCUGCUCUUACCAAUUUUAUCAAGAGUCUUGCUGUCUAUCGUGUUCUCGAACCAAGCAAGAUUUGGAGUAGAAACUUAUCGACAAUUAUGUUUUACGAUGACGCUUCAAUGCAAAAAUUUGCCUUUAGUAGUAUUCUCUGUUAACAUAUCGUCAAUUAGAACUCGUUUUCAUUGUUUACCAAUUACCAGAUAAUUUUUAUGAUUUAAUAAAUACAUCUAUAUAACAAAACUUUUGUACGUUUUAUAUGCGUUUCUAUAUAUAGAAAUAUAGAUAUAAUGCUAUGCGUGCGCAUACGAAUAAUUUAAUACGAAGUUCACGAAUUCGUAGAUAUAAGUGUCAGAAAAAAACAGAAAGAGACUGAUCGCGCGUAAUUGCUGAUUCGUUUAAUAGUAAUGCAGCAUUAUUGCAGAUUUAAGUUCACACUGUUCUCAUAUAACCAUAAAUGUAUAUCGAGCAUUAAUAAAAAUGUUGCGCUUUUUUCA